AUGGCAGUGUCUCACCAUUUGUGUCAAUUUCUACGGAAAAACGAGACGAUUGAUUUCUCGACGUUAUUGAGUCAUUCGCCACGGGAAGAAGCCACUUCAAACAUAAAUAAGCUUACACAAUUCUCGGUUAUACCAAUGAUCAUGUGGUUGCUGGACAUUCGCGCCUGUUCCAAGACAUCAGCGUUCUUCUAUGCUCACAUCGGGUUUCCACUGGCGAAUGCAUUAAUGGGUUCUAGUGUAUGGAUUGUCGUUUUUCUGACACUGUCCCAGUAUAUGGCGGUGUGCAAGCCGUUUGCCUAUGGUUUAAGGUCCCGGAAAAUCUGUUAUGUACUAUUUGCGCUUGCUUAUAUGUUCAAUUUCUGUAUUUAUGCACCAUGGGCGGUUAAGAAGAAUGUUCAUGACAUAUCGGAUCUGGUUCCAGAGAGUUUCCUGGUUUCCGUGUGCCCCUAUGUCGUUUGUGACGCAAAACGACCGGAUUGGUUUGUGAUUUAUGAAACGGCACGGGAACUCAUAUCCCGUAUUUUCCCGUUCUUCCUUGUCGCAUUUCUCAAUGUCAAAAUUCUCAUUACGUAUAGAAAUACCAAACGUGAUAGGAUGGAAAGAUUGGCAAAUUCUCAAAAGAAGUUCAUGUUCGAAAAAAGUGAAAAAGAGGAAAAAAGAUUAUUCAUUUUGCUAUUCGCCAUUGUGAUUGUCUUCUUUGUGUGCACUAUUCCAGCAGCUCCAUUGACGAUUCUAGUGGCUGACACCAAAAACAACAAUGUUGGAUUUCAGAUCUUCCGAGCCGUUGUGAACCUUUUAGAAUUCACCAAGUUUGCCAUGAAUUUCUACUUUUACUGUCUGAUUAACCCGGACAUUCGCAGCAUUUGUGCUCACGUCAUCACAUGUAAGAAGAUCACCAAACCGGCCCGAGUGAAGGGACAACCCACAACUCCAUUGUCCAUGUACACAAGGUCAACGAAAAAUUCCACCAUCCGAGAUGCUCACAAAAAUGGCGAGAAGCGAGGUGGAAGUGAUAGCGACUCGAAGAAGUUCGAAGAUUCCAGAAAUAGUUCGCUAAAGUCUGGAAAAGACUCUGUUCGCCGAGGUGUUCCUGCCGACACCCUAAUAGAAAAAUUGACAGUCAUUAAGGAGAACGAAUCGGUCACUUCCGAGACUGGAGACCACGUGUAA